AUGUAUACAUCAGUAGUGAGACUACAAAAUGUAUUUGGUUUCUUUACAACCGUCGCCUUUGUAGUCGCGGCUUUUAUCGCCGCUUCCGACUUCGUCGCAGAACGGGCGCCUAUUGUGCGAACCCUUAAGACAACCAGUGUCCAAGUCGUUCGAGGCCGACCGCACUACUACUCCAGCAAAAAGGAAGAAUACGCCGUCAUCAACUUCUCUCUCGAUGCCGACCUCUCCUCGCUCUUCACAUGGAACACCAAGCAAGUCUUCGUCUACGUAACGGCUGAGUGGCCAGCGGCCGACCACUCUACAACAAACGCGACCAAUGAGGCCGUCAUCUGGGAUAGCAUCAUCACCUCGCCCAGCGCCGACCACCUGGCCAACCAUUGGUCCCGUCGCCAUGAAGAAGCUGCGCAAGAGCGCGGGCGGGAAGACGGCAAACUCGUCCUCAAGAACCAACGCCACAAGUACAAAAUCACUCAUCCCUCCGGAAAGCUCGCCACGACCGAGAACGUCACCCUCCGUUUGCACUACAACGUCCAGCCGUGGGUUGGUCUGCUUACCUGGAACCAGGACGUUGAUUAUGGGUAUUGGAAGGCUCUGAAGAACGGGGUGAGCAAGCGCUUCAAGCUGCCUGCUAUUAAGGAGAAGAAGCCUGCGUCGGCGGGCAGUCGGUAG